AUGAAAAAGGGAAUUGCAAAUUCUCUUGCACCAUUGAGGCAAAUGGAUAGCAUAUUGAGGGACUUUCCCCAGUUAGAACAAAACCAUCAUCACUCUGCAGUGGCUGGAGUGCUUAGAGAAGCAAGCUUGACCACUACUUCCAUCUUUCACACCCUCCUGUUAUUCCUGUCUCCAACAUUGUUUAAGCCAAAGCCUUCAAAAUGGUCAUUGGUUUCAAAAUUGGUACGGAAGGGUCCGACAGCAUGUGGAGAGCAUCAGAACAUGAACGAGUUAGAGAGAGUGGAUGUUGCAGUGAGCAACUUACUACUGCAGAGUUCAAGAGAUGACUUUGAGGAAGAGAAAAUUCAAUCUGCAAAGGGAACAGAAAAGCUUUCAGUGUAUUUGGAAUAUGUUUCAGGAGGUUCAAUCCAUAAAUUGCUUGGUGAAUAUGGCUCAUUCAAGGAACCUGUUAUUCGAGCUUACACGAGGCAGAUACUUUGUGGGCUAGCUUACUUACACAGAAGAAAUACAGCACACAGGUAUUUAAUUGUUACUAUAGGUCAAUCAAAUUCUUAUGAAGAGGUGUGUUUCACCCAUCAACGACAUCAAGGAACUCAAAAGAAAUCUAUUUCACCUGCCAGGGACAUCAAAGGCCCGAACGUACUAGUAGAUUCUAAUGGUGAAAUUAAGCUUGUUGAUUUUGGCAUGGCUAAACAUGUCAUAAUGAAUACUAGUGGCUAUAGCCUAGCUGUUGACAUUUGGAGCUUAGGGUGUACAAUUCUUGAGAUGGUAGCAGCUAUAUAUAAGAUUGCAAACAGCAAGGAUUUUCCUGAAAUCCCUGAUAACCUUUCAGCGGAUGCACAGAGUUUUAUAAAACUUUGCUUGCAAAGGGAUCCAAUUGCUCGCCCUACAGCAGUACAGCUGCUACAGCAUCUCUUUAUACAAGAACAGUUUAUGGUAGAAGCAGCGAAAAUCAAUUUGGUUGAUGAAGCAUCGGCUAGCUUACAUGGGAGAAAAUAUAUGGCAGCUUCAGCUUCAGAUCUUUACUCCGAUAGUACAAGAAUAUCGACACAGGGUAGAGAUCACAGGAUACAACCAAUCAGCAGAACAAGACUUUUAAAGAGCUCAUGGAAUGAAAUAUCAAUCACUUCUAUACCUGAGUCACCUUGUUUGAACUCAGUUGAACAGUGUAAAUCAGCUUGUGGAAGUUAUCUUCAUUCUUCUUAUCAACCAACUUUUUAG